AUGGCCCGAGGGAAGCUCGCGGGACGGGGAACAGCAAGUGUCGGGAAUACAGACGGCUGUUACAGAAUACAUGUAACUGUUUUAAAAGAAUACUGGUGUGACAUUUCAAGAAGCAGUCUAUCAGAUUUAUCAGACGUGUAUGAACAAAUAUUACAUGUUGGACAAGAUGGCUUUCUUAUGUGCCAUCUGAACUUCCCGAAGAGUUGUGUUUUGGAUUCAGUAAAGUGGUAUAAGGACUGUAAAGAGAUUGAAGGGGAGCGGUUUACUUCUCGGGAAAAAAAGCUUUUGGUGCAGAAUGCGUCAGCCGAGGACGGAGGGAACUAUGCAUGUCGAGCCAGACUGACGCACAUGGGGAAACAGUACGUGGUUUUAAACGGCAUCACUGUGAACAUCACAAAAAGAUCUGGAGAUGGAAGGAGAAUCCCUACAAUCACUUAUCCAAAAGACAAAUCAACUGAAGUACCACUUGGCUCCACCCUUGUCAUGGACUGCAACAUAACGGACAGGGACAACACAAAUCGACAGUGCUGGACAGUCAAUGACACUUUGGCAGAUACUUACUACAAUGAAUCCAAACGAAUCAGAGAGGGAUUGGAAAGCUGUGCUGCUUUUCAGGAACACACUUCAUGCACAGUAAACAUAACCUUCUUAGAAGUAAGAAUGGAGGAUUACGGCCUUCCUUUCACGUGCCGUGCUGGAGUGUCUGCAGCAUACAUCAUGUUAGAACUCCCAGCUCCAUAUUUUCGAGCUUACUUGGUAGGAGGGCUUGGUGCCUUGGCACUUGUGGCUGUGUCUGCUGUGUGCGUCUACAACAUUUUCAAGAUCGACAUUGUUCUUUGGUACCGCAGUGCCUUCCGUUCUACUGGGACCAUAGAAGACGGGAAGCUGUAUGAUGCAUACAUCUUUUACCCAAAGCCUCAAAGUGAAAGGAGUCACGAUGUGGACACGCUGGUGUUGAAGAUCCUGCCCGAGGUGCUGGAGCAGCAGUGCAGAUAUAAGUUAUUCAUAUUUGGCAGGGAUGAGUUCCCCGGACAAGUUGUGCAGGCUGUGACCAGAGCCUGCAGGCUCCCUUCUCCACGCAGCUCAUUCCUGCACCACCGUGACUGGCAUUCGCGGGGGCAGUCGUCUGUGGCCAAUGUCAUCGAUGAAAACACUAAGCUGUGCAGGAGGCUGAUGGUCAUCAUAGACCCCGCAUGGGGGGUGAGCUUUGGCCUAUUGAAGAACAUGCCAGAAGAACAAAUCGCAGUCUACAAUGCCCUCAUCCAGGACGGGAUGAAAGCCAUUCUGAUUGAACUGGGGAAAACUGAAGACUAUAUGACCAUGCCAGAGUCAAUCCAGUACAUCAGACAGAAGCACGGGGCCAUCCAGCGGAGUGGGGACUUCACAGAGCAGUCACAGUGCAUAAAGACCAGGUUUUGGAAAAAAGUGAGAUACCACAUGCCACCCCAAAGGUAUCCACCCUCUGCAGUCCAGCUGCAGAAGCGCGCACCCUCCAACUGCACAGCAGGCAGGCGGGAGGCUGGCUAG